GGGGCCAGACUGAGCCGAGACGUCCCAAACCUGGACACCAUCCCCCCAUUCACCCUCAGUAAGGUAGAAGAGUGUCUUCAGCCUUUCCGUCUCUCUGUGGAGAAGCUGCAGGACAUGUCGUCUCGCCUGAGAAAGGACCUGAUCAGAGGGCUAGGCAAACACACACACUGCCGGGCACCCGUCAAGAUGCUGCCCACCUUUGUGAGGGCAACACCUGAUGGGAGAGAGAAGGGGGACUUCCUGGCUCUGGACCUGGGCGGGACUAACUUCCGGGUGCUGCAUGUCCGCGUGGUGGAGGAGAUGCAGAAGCUGCUGAAGAUGAACAGUAAGAUCUGUGCCAUCCCCCAGGAGAUCAUGAUGGGGACGGGAGAACAGUUGUUUGACCACAUCGCUGCAUGCCUGGCUGAGUUCCUGGAGUCUCUUGAGCUGAAGGGUCAGACUCUGCCUCUGGGCUUCACCUUCUCCUUCCCCUGCGAGCAGAAAGAUAUCGACAAGAGUAUCCUGAUCCAUUGGACCAAAGGCUUUAACUGUUCAGGAGUGGUAGGAGAGGACGUUGUGAGGUUACUGAGAGAAGCUAUCCACAGGAGAGGGGAUUAUGACAUUGGUUCCAUUGCUAUGGUGAAUGACACGGUGGGGACCAUGAUGAGCUGUGGAUACAGGGACCAGAGCUGUGAAAUUGGCAUGAUCAUUGGGACAGGGACAAAUGCAUGUUAUAUGGAGGAGAUCAAAAAUGUGAAGAGAGUAGAGGGGGAAGACGGACGCAUGUGCAUCAACACAGAGUGGGGGGGAUUUGGAGAUGACGGAUCCCUAAAGGACAUCCAGACUGAGUUUGACCUGGUGGUGGAUCGAGACUCACUCAACCCAGGCGUGCAUGUGUUUGAAAAGAUGAUCAGUGGGAUGUACCUGGGAGAGAUAGCCAGGCUGGUGGUGGUGAAGCUGGCUCGGGACAAGCUACUGUUUGGAGGAGAUCUAUCAGAGGCCUUGCUCACCCAGAACAGCUUUGAGACCAGAUUAAUCUCCGAGAUAGAGGAGGAGAACACAGGACUGCAGAAGGCCCAGGAGAUUCUGUCAGAGCUGGACCUGCCUGCCGGGCCUGUGGACUGUCAGAUUGUGCGUCUGGUGUGCGACUCUCUGUCCACACGCUCGGCCCAGUUGUGUGCCGCUGCCUUGGCAACCAUUGCCAACCGUAUCCGUGUCAACCGUGGACUGGACCAUCUAGACACCACAGUGGGGGUGGACGGCACAGUAUACAAGAAACACCCCAACUUCAGUGAGAAGCUCCAGGAGACGGUACGCAUCCUGGCCCCCAAGUGUGACAUCACUUUCCUCGUCUCCGACGACGGCAGCGGGAAGGGAGCUGCCAUGGUAACGGCGGUGGCACAGAGGCUGGCCAUGCAGUCCCGGAUGCUAGAGGACAGCGACGGAGAGGAGGAUGAGGAAAAGGAGGAGGAUGAAGAGGAGGAUGAAAAUUAAGCCAUGUGUUCGACUAGACAACUUGAAAUGCAGCACCAUGAAAAUGUCCCCCUCAAAUGCUUUUGUCAUAGACAAAGAUUGUAAGAUAGGGGAACUGGGGAACAAAGUAGGAAACAGGCUACUUUUAGUCUUUUGCUUAUUUGUGGAAAUAUUAUUUGAGUUAUAUUUAUAAUAUUUUUAUACAAAAAGUCCAUUUGGAAAGUAUUCAGACUCCUUCACUUUUUCCAAAUGUUGUUAUG